AUGUCUAAGACGGAUGGGAGGACUCCUCUUCUGUUGACUUCAGCGGAUGAAUGGUCACUCAUUCCGAAGAAGUCCAGAAGUAAAAGUGAACGUUACAUUGUGAUGAUUGAUGACAUUUUUGGCCUGACAAACUUUUCACAAUCACAUUUUGACGAUUGGACAAAGGAGUUUGAUAUAAUGUGGCCAUCUAUUGAAUCUGGCCAUAUCUUCCUGAUCUUAACAUCCAGAUCUGAAAUCACCGCACAGUGUCAGUGCCGACUAAACAAACACAGCCUCAUGAAAAAUAUCCGUCAUUUUCUAAUCGAUGACGGCCAGUAUGCUCUUCAGAAAAAGGAAAAAGAAAAAAUGUUGAAAGUUAUUUGUCAUGGCAAAUUUUCUGAAAAAGAAAUAGAAGAAAUUGUCAAAAUAAAAACAGCCCUUGGGUUCCCACAGGUUUGCACUUUCUUUGCCAGUAGCAAGGAAGUGCAAAAGAAGGGGUUAAGCUUUUUCAAGAAACCUAAUGAGUACGUCCAAAAGGAAGUUGAUGCACUCAAGGAAAGUGAUGCCUCAGCUCACUCAGAUGCCACAGUUCUGAAUCUUUUACUGAAUCUUGAGACAGACAUUUUGCAGACGAGGAAUUACGUCGAUGAUAACAAGUACUCCACCAAAUACGCAACACCUCAAGAACAGGCAGCAGCUUAUGGUAGCACUGAGUCCUUGGAUAUAUUGUUGGAAUACUCCCAAGACAUAAGCAAGCGUUUUAGGGUUGUUGCCGCAAACACCUUCUUGCUACACAGGGCAGCACAACAUGGAAAUGAUAAAUGUGCAGAUUUCUUAUUAGUGAAAGGUUUUCAGGUAGAUUUGAAAGACAAUGAUGGCAAUACCCCAUUACAUUUGGCUGUUCAGAACAGUCACCUUGAAUGUGUGAAAAUACUUCUCCAGCAUAAGGCACCUGUCAACCAGGAAAAUCGUGAAGGACUCGUACCUUUGUCGGUCAUUGAAAUCGUGAAUCGUGAAAUAGUGACAGCUCUAGUUGUGGCAGAAAGUAUCUUAAAUCAAAUGGAUGGAAAGGGUAGAACAAUUCUUCACAAGGCUGUUCUAUGUAAUGAUUUGGAGACUGUAAAAUUCCUUUGCAGCAAAGAAGCUGAUGUGAAUAUUCUUUCACAAUGCGGUUCACAAACUAGAAGUGUUGUUCACCUAGCCUGUGAGUAUGCUGACAUAGAAAUACUAAAGCACUUGUGCAUCUCAGGAGCACGGAUUGAAGCAGUAGAUGCUGACAAGAGACCAAUUGUUCACAUGACAGCAUGCUCUCGUGUUGAUGCUUUAGAGAAACUCACAUUUCUCAUUGAUGUCAAAAAGCAUCUUCCUGAUGCAGAAGACAAGGAUGGCAGAACAGCGAUAUUUUCAGCAAUCGACACUCAUGUCGAUACUUAUGGAGUUGAAAUAUUGGAAUUCCUACUGAACAGACGGGUGAGUGUGAAUCACAAAGGUGCCAGUAAAGACAACAUUUUGAUAUGUUUACUCAAAACACCUUUCACACACGACAGCAUCAUGAAAAUGGUUGAUUUAGUGGUAAAAAUGGGUGUUGAUUUGAAUGAAACGGACGUCUGUGGUAGAACAGCCCUUCAUCACGCCAUUGAGGAUGUGAAUUAUAAUGCAGCAGAGCUAAUUCUCAAGCAUGGAAAUACAGACAGAGAUUUCGAUCCAAAUAGAAGAGAUGAAUUCGGAAAAACAUGUCUUCACUAUGCCACCGAACAGAGUGAAUCUGAACUUUGGGAUCGCUAUGAUAUACCAGAUCCUGAAUCAUAUUCAUAUUCUCAGUAUUGCUAUCUUCUAAGACCUUGUAUGUUUUAUUAUGCAAGAGAAAACUACGCGCUGACCAAAAUGCUUCUGGAGCAAGAUGUGAACCCACACCCUCAAGAUAUAACGGGUAGAAACCCUCUUCAUUACGCUGCAGGCUGUGGUAAACCUAAGACUGUGAAACUUCUUCUGGAAAAAGGCGUUGACCCAAAUGUAAGGGAUGGAAUGGGAUGGACGCCCUUUCAUAUGGCUGCUUUACACGAAAGAUACAUGACUGUAAGUGCCUUGCUAGACAGUGGAAUUGAUGCAAAUAUACAAGACAAUCAGGGAAUGACAGCACUUCAUUUAGUUGUGACGGAGAGAGGCUGCACUUUACAGAACUUAGAAGCAGACUUUGAUUAUACAGGGAUAUUUCGUCAGGGUCAUUGUAAAUUCCUCAAGUUAUUUUUAGAGAAGGGUGUUGACCCAAAUAUACCGGAUAAGCUAGGUAGGACAGCUCUUCACUAUGCUUCAGAUCAUUCGGAAAACUCCAGUGUCAAGGUUCUGCUUGAUCACGGUGCUGAUCCAGAUGUUCAAGAUCUAUGGGGCAUGACGUCCCUCCAUUGUGCUUCUAGCAAAAAAGGCUCAGUAUUUAAGGAUACACUUCCACUUCUACUUGAGAAAUCGUUAAAAUUAAAUGUUCAAGAUAGCCGUGGAAAGACAACACUUCACUAUGCUUCUGAAAUCAGGUGUAGCGGUUUGAAGCUUCUACUGGACCAUGGUGCUGAUCCAUGUUUACGGGAUCAACAGGGCAUGACAGCCCUCCACUGUGCUUCUCCAAAACAUAGAUGUAAUAUGGAAGCUUUUCAAAUGCUGUUAAAAUCAGGUGUUGACCCAAAUGUCAUUGAUGAGCAAGGAAGGACAGCACUUCACUAUGCAUCAGAAAAUUCAGACAAAAAGAGCAUCAAGCUUCUUCUAGAUCGUGGUGCUGAUCCUUCUGUACAGGAUCUGCAAGGCAUGACAUCUCUCCACUGUGCUGCUACGAAUAGUUAUGGAGCCUUACAGACACUGAUCGAUAGAGGAGUGGAUCCAAAUAUUCUUGACAAGAAGAGAAGAACAGCACUUCAUUAUGCCUCAGAACGUGACUCUGAAGACUCAGUGAAGCUUCUGCUUGAUCGCUGUGCUGAUCCAGGUGUACAGGACCUGCAGGGCAUGUCAGCUCUCCACUGUGCUGUACACUUGCGUCAUUACCGGUCUGAUGUUUUGCCGAUACUGUUAGAGAAAGGCAUACACCCAAAUUGCCUUGAUAAGCAGGGGAAGACAGCUCUUCACUAUGCUUCAGAAAAUUCGACGAAAGAGUGUGUCAAGCUUCUUCUGGAAUACAAUGCUGAUCCAGGUGUGCAGGACAUACAUGGCAUGACAUCUCUCCACUGUGCAGCAAAGGCCAAAGACAACAGCUGUGAUAUUUUGGAAAUACUGCUGAGAAAGAGUGUGGGCUCAAAUAUUGUUGACAAGAAAGGAAGAACAGAACUUCACUAUGUGUCAGAACAUUCGGACAAAGAGAGUGUCAAGCUUCUUCUAGAUCACGAAGCUGAUCCAGGUGUGCAGGACAUACAUGGCAUGUCAUCUCUCCACUGUGCAGCAAAGGCCAAAGACAACAGCUAUGAUAUUUUGGAGAUACUGCUAGAGAAGAGUGUGGACCCAAAUCUUCUUGACAAGAAAGGAAGGACAGCACUUCACUAUGUGUCAGAACAUUCGGACACAGAGAGUGUCAAGCUUCUUCUAGAUCACGAAGCUGAUCCAGGUGUGAAGGACAUACAUGGCAUGACAUCUCUCCACUGUGCAGCAAAGGCCAGAUACAACAGCUGUGAUAUUUUGGAGAUACUGCUGGAGAAGAGUGUGGGCCCAAAUAUUCUUGACAAGAAGGGAUUGACAGCUCUCCACUCUGUGUCAGAAUGUGACUCUGCAGACUCAGUGAAGUUUCUGGUUGAUCGCUGUGCUGAUUCAGGUGUACAAGACUUACAGGGUAUGUCAGCUCUCAACUGUGCUGUACACUUGCAUCGUUUCCGAUGUGAUGUUUUGCCGAUACUGCUAGAGAAAGGCAAAUACCCAAAUCUUCUUGACAAGCAAGGAAGGACAGCUCUUCACUAUGCGUCAGAACAUUCGAACAAAAAGAGUGUCAAGCUUCUUCUAGAUCACGAAGCUGAUCCAGGUGUGCAGGACUUACAGGGCAUGACAUGUCUCCAUUGUGCUGCUAAGAAUCGUUACAGUUACGAUAUUUUGGAGAUACUUCUGGAGAAGAAUGUGGACCCAAAUCUUCUUGACAAGAAAGGAAGGACAGCUCUUCACUAUGCGUCAGAACAUUCGAACAAAGAGAGUGUCAAGCUUCUUCUAGAUCACAAAGCUGAUCCAGGUGUGCAGGACAUACAUGGCAUGACAACUCUCCACUUUGCUGCUAAGAAUCGUUACAGUUACGGUAUUUUGGAGAUACUGCUGGAGAAGAGUGUGGACCCAAAUGUUCUUGACAAGAAAGGAAGGACAGCUCUUCAUUAUGCGUCAGAAAAUUCGAAGAAAGAGAGUGUCAAGCUUCUUCUAAAUCACGAAGCUGAUCCAGAUGUGCAGGACUUUCAUGGCAUGACAUCUCUCCACUGUGCAGCAAAGGCCAAAGACAACAGCUGUGGUAUUUUGGAGAUACUGCUGGAGAAGAGUGUGGACCCAAAUAUUCUUGACAAGAAAGGAAGGACAGCUCUUCUCUAUGCUUUAGAACAAUCGCCAGUCAAAAACAUAAAGCCGGUUCAACACGGUGCUUACACAGAAGUACAGAAUUUGUUUGCCGAUAUACCUCUUCAUCCAACAGCUGAUUAUACCAGACCUGAAGACAUGAUGCAUGUGUAUAAUAUCACUAAACCAGUUGCUCGUAGGACAUCUAUUUACCGUUGUGAAUUCGAAGAUGAUUAUGGAACACUACUGUGUGAGUAUAGAAGGAUGAAAAUGCUGGAGAUGCUUGUCAUGAAGGUCAACCCCAAAAUACAAGAUCACGAAGGAAGGACAGCUUUACACUACGCUGCACAGGCUUCACGAAAUGAAACUUUAGAGCUUCUUUUAGAACUUGGGGUCAAUGUACAUAAGCAAAAUGACCAGGACAGGGCCUUUUUCCGGGCUGCUGCUGACCGCAGCUACAACAGGUGUGAACGAGUGAAGCUGCUACUCAGACGGGGCGUCGACAAAACUGUUCGAGACAGACAUGGGAGAACAGCUGAGCAGUAUGCUACAGAACUAUCAGAUAUCAAUCCGUGA